AUGUUUUAAAAUUUUUUUGAGUUGAUACUUUUACUAUUCAAUGUUUUUUGUGUUGUUGCAAAUUGGAGACUGGUCGAUUAAAGUUUUACAGAGGAUUAAAUAUUGAAUGUUAACACUUGGAUAUCAAAAGGUUCCUGCACAACCUCAACAGUUUCAGAUUCCCCUAGAGUUGGAAAUUGUAAUACAAAUUAAUUAUAGUAUAUCAAAUUAACUGACGAUGAGCAUUAUUUACAAAAAUCUUUCUUCUAUAAAAGCUUUUAAGUUUAAGUAAUUUUGGAUGUCUUUUUUAUCGAAGCAGAACUAUCUUCAUCAAAUUUUUAGUUACUUAUUUUAGUACAUCAUUUUAGGAAGUAAUUUACUCCAGAGAAUAUGAUAGAAAUGAUUUAAUUCAAAAUAGUGAAGUGAUUUGUAAAACCUUUAUAAACAAAUUUGAAUUAUACACAAUAGUAAGUAAUAUUGCCAAUUUUAACAAUGAUUAUUUUAAGAUAACAAUUUGUUUAACUCCUCGUUCUAAUGAUGAGUAAAUAGGCAUUAGAAAUAUGUUAAUUUAUGUCAAUACUUGCCAUCCUACAUGUUUAACUUGUAAUGGUCCUUUAGAAACAAAUUGUUUAACAUGUUAUAAUAGUUAAAGUGUAGUAGGCGGAAAAUGCACAUGCAUUUCAGACUAAUAAUUUUCAGAAACAUUUUUAGGUUGUAUUUAAGAAUGUAAUAGAGAUAACUCAAUAGCUAGAUAUGAUAAAAUUUGUGUUUAGGACAACCGAAUUAAAUCAAUCAUUACUUUAUUCAAUAAUAUCAUUCCAUAAUCCAGUUAAUUUAGAUAUCAUCCUUUUAGUUUUCUAUCUGACAAAUUUCAUCCAAAAAACACAGAUUUAAUUUAUGAGAAUUGUAAUGGAAUUAGUUUUAUUGGAAUUCUAUAAUUUAGUGAAGGAAUGCUAUAUCAAAUUAACUUACAAGAGUCAAUCAAAUUCUUAAGAAUGCGUAUUACUUUUUAUUUGUUUAAUUUUCAAGAUUCUAGUAAAAUUGAAAUUUUACAUAAUAAUCAAACACUCUCUAGAAUCAUGAAAGAUCCAUCAGGUUUUUAAUAUGAAAACCUGAUAACAAUAUUUGAAAAAAAUGAUAAUUGUUUUAGUAGUAGUUUUAUCUUAUUGAGAGUAGAAAUCACUUUUUAAUUAUUAAAUGAAAAUCCAAUAAUUAUACUUUAAGGAUAACUUUAAUAAGAAGAUGAAUUCUGGGGUUUUAGAAAUGUGACUAUAGACUCUGGAUUUUGUCAAAAUAAUUGUAAGAUUUGUUUUGAUAAUUCUAAAUGUUUAUCAUGUGAAACUGGGUAUUAAUUAUAUAAAAAUAAAUGUGAAAUUUCGUGUCCAAUUCACUCAUCAAAUUGUGUUGAUUAUGAAGAUAUCAUUCAAUGUAGAAUUAAAACUAUAUUUUAGAUUCAAGAUAUAUCGCAAAAGGGUUUUACGAUUUGAAUAUGACAAUUGAAAAUAUCAAUUCAUUUUAUGAUACUGCAACAAAUCCAUCCAGCAAUUAUGUAACUGGCCAAAAAUUUUCAUUUCUUAAUAAUAAGAUAGUAUUAGGAGGUUUAUUAGUUUGGAAUGACGGAUCAUAUAUUAAGACAUGGAGAAUCUAAAAACCUCAUUAUGCAAUGUCAAUCUAUUUUAAUUUUACAUAUGGUGAUAGUUAUGGUGGUUAAUUUUUUUAUAAAAUCGGUUCUUUAAGCAGCUCAUUUUCGGGACCAUAUUUUAAUCCCGGAGGAGGAUCAAACUUAGUUGGUCGUAAUAAUAUAGAAAGUACUUAAUUACAUUUGAAUAAUUUUUAUGAUAACGACUUAUACUUAGAAUUCAAAUGUGCAGCCAACACAAUUAAUAUAUUAUAAGGAUUCUGUGCAAUAUCAGAUUAUUUCAUUGUUGCUCAUUAUGUAAAUUUAAUCAAUAUUUUAAAGUGUCCUCCUUUUUGUGAUAGCUGCUCUAGUUCAAGUUCAUGUAAUGUUUGGUAGUCUGGUUAUACAAGUUCGAGUUGUAGUAAUAAUUAAUAUUUAUACUUUAAUGAAUAAACAGAAACUUAUACUUGCAAUAAUUGUGAUCAAUCUGGAUAUGCGUGAGUGCAGAAGACUGUACUUAAUGUAUUAGUGAUCAAUUCUAAUUGUAAAAUGGUAUAUGUUUUUGUAAACCAUUUACAUUUUUAUAAGGGAAUGUUUGUAUUUAAUGUAAUAAAUUUUGUGAACAUUGUUUUGGUACUUCGAAAUAUGAUUGUCUUUCUUGUGUUCAAGAAUAUCAUAGAAGCAUCUAAAGAAAUUAAUGUUUAUGUUAGCCUGGUUAUUAGGAUGAUGAAAUAAAUCUACCAUGUCUACCAAUUUGUGGAGAUUAAAUCAUUGUUGAUGAAGAAGAUUGUGAUGAUGGUAAUAAUGACCCAUUUGAUGGAUGUCAUUAAUGUUAAUAUACAUGUUAAGAUGAAUGUUAACUUUGUUUCAAAGGUAAAUGUUAUCAAUGCAAAGAUAAUUAUUAAUUAAUUGAGGCGAUUAAUACUUGCAUAUCAAUUUGUGGUGAUAUAGUAAUAAUUAAAAAUGAAUAAUGCGAUGAUGGUAAUGAUAAUAAAUUUGAUGGAUGUUAUCUUUGUUAAUUCUAAUGUUAUAAUCAUUGUAUCCAUUGUAAUUAAGGGAUUUGUUAUUAAUGCGAUGAAAAAAAUGGUUGGUAUUUAACAGGAACUAAAUGUGAAUUUAUAUGUGGAGAUGGAAUAGUUGCUAAAGGAUAAGAAUAAUGUGAUGAUUCAAAUUUAUAUCCUUUCGAUUAGUGCAAUUUUUGUGAAUAAGAAUGUUCUGAACAUUGUUUACUUUGUUAAAAUGAAGAGUGUCUUAGAUGUGAGAAAGGGUUUUAAUAUGAUUAAUAAAAUAAACUAUGUAUUCAAAAUUGUGGCGACAAUCUAAUUGUAGGGAAUGAAUAAUGUGAAGAUUAGAUUAUGUAUUAUUAAUAAAUUUGUGAGGAUUGCUAGUUUAAGUGUCAUCAUAAUUGUCAACUAUGUAAUUACGGCAAAUGUAUUUAAUGUUAAUUUGGUUUUAUAUUAAUUGAUAAUGGCUGUGAAUAAGAUUGUGGAGAUGGAUAAAUUGUAGGUACUGAAGUUUGUGACUCAUUAUUUUAAUAUAUCAAUUCUAAAUGUUUUAAUUGUAAUUAUAAUUGUGGAUAUGGCUGUUUGGUUUGUAAUUAGGGAAUCUGUGAAGUUUGUUAGAUGGGAUAUUUAUUAGAUAAUUAUGCAUGUUAACCAAUUUGUGGAGAUUUAAUAAUAGUUGAACCUGAGUUAUGUGAUGAUGCAAAUUUAAUACCUUAUGAUGGAUGCUAUGAAUGCACCUAUUCUUGUGAAUUAGGAUGUAGUAUAUGCUAAUCUGGAUAAUGUACAGAAAUGAGUUAGCCAAAUGAAGAUAAUAAUGAUAAUUAUUAAACUACUUCUGAUUGUAUUCCAGAUUGUAAACUUUGUGAUAAUGAUAGUUAAUGUUUAGCUUGUAAUGAAUACUUUCAAUUAAUUAAUUAUUUAUGUGCACCUAUAUGUGGGGAUAGUAUUGUGAUAGAGGGUUUAGAAGAAUGUGAUGAUGGAAAUGAUCAACCAUAUGAUGGAUGCUAUAAUUGUGAAUUUUAAUGUUCUUAAGGUUGUGUAGAAUGUUAAUAGCAUUAAUGUACAAUGUGUGAUGAUAAAUUUUACUUUUUAGAUAUCUUAACUUAAAAAUGUUUGUAAAUAAACUCUGAUCAAAAUAAUUAAAAUAUUGAUUAUCCAAUUACAGAGUUUCAAUAAUAUACUGCUUUAAGAUGUGGAGAAAAUCAAUUGCUUAUUAAUAAUUUAUGUAUUAAUUAAUGUGGAAAUGGACUUCUAGCCAAUUAAUAUGAAGAGUGUGAUGAUGGAAAUACUUUUGGAGGAGAUGGAUGUUCUUCAUUCUGUAAUAUGGAGGAUUCAUAUCAAUGUAUAAAUUAAGAAGACUCAUUAAGUUUAUGCACAUAUAUAGAAUCUCCUGACUUCAAUCUCAAUAUUUUAUCUGAUAAAGCUAGUUCAAUUUAAUUAUUAGAAUUAACUUUCACUUAAUAAGUUAAAAUAUAAACAGAACUAGCAAUUGAAGAUAUUCUGUUAUUCACUAUUUCUCCUUAAACAAAGUAUCACUUAACAAUCAAUAGCAUUGAUAAUAUAACAAUUUACUUUGGCUAUCCUAAAUAUUAAAUUUAAAUCGAGUUUAUUCAACCAAUCUAAGAUCCUAUUCUAUAAAUUGAUAUAGAGAAGUCUAUAAUUCAGAAUAAAUUUCAUUAAGACUUAUAGAUAUAUUAAAAGAAGAUCAUUCUUGGAACUCCUUUUGUGUUACCUGAGACCAAAAAAUAAUAAUUAACUUCUGUUGUAUAAAUUAAUGAUGUUAUGGUGUAUUCUAUGGUAAGUAUAUCAAGUUUAGCUUUGCUAUCAGGUAAUGCAAUUAUGUUCUUUAACUUAUUAGAUUUAUUAUAGUCCUUAUCGUAUAUUAAGUAUAUGUAAUAUCAAUUUCCACCUCAUUUAAUUGAAUUUUUGAACACUUAUACUAAAGUGUCAUUAUAACCAAUCAUGAAUUAUUUUUAGGUAGAUUAAUUAUUGGUAAAAUUAAAUGGUGGUACUUCUCCAAAUCAAAUCACUUAAAAAUCAAAUAGAAAAAUCUCAAAAAAUGCUUUAAAUGAGUGUUAUUUGGUUAAUGCUAAAAGUUGUUAUUUUUCUGCGAUUGCAUCAUUAAUAACAUAUUUUCUUAAUUCUCUCAUAGUGUCUAAAAGUGUUUAAUAUUUCGUUUUUACACUUUCUAAUUAUAAAAAGAAUAAUGUUCGGCUCUUAAAACUUAUAGAUUUUUUUUAAGAAAAAAUUUAGAAAAAAUGCUUAAAAUUAAAAAUUGAAUAUUUUUCUUUAGGAAUUUAUAAAGUUUAUUAAGCAAUUUUGCAUUAGCUUCUGUUCAGUACAUUAUUGCAAUUUCCAAAUUAUAAAUUUAAUAAUUCAUUUGAAAUCUUAAACAGCGUUAAUGCAAUACUUGGGUUAUUAUUUAUCCUUAUGGCUACUUUUCCACUACUUUCAAUUACUUCUGCACAAAUAAAAGAUUUAAGGAAAUGGAAAUAUUUUCAUUAUGAAUCUAAAACAUAAUUUUGGGCAGCUUAAUGCAGGUCAUUUUAAAUUUAUAGAACAUUGUUUUAUAUUUUAAUUAUAGUGCAAUUCAUUAACUAUCCAGAAGCAUAAUCAAUUUUGCUUUCUAUGUUAUCAUUUCUGCAUUUGAUUUAUUUGGUCAAGUUUCAGCCAUUACUAUCUCCAUUUGAGCUUUCUAAAUUAAUUUGUAGAGAAUUGUUAAUUAUGAUCACAACUGGAACAUUUUUAAUUUAUAGUUUUGAGUUUAGUUAAGAUAAUUUUAUGAUGAUUGGGUGGAUUCAUAUUAUUAUGUUUUGUACCGUUUUGGCUUCUAAUUUAUUUAUAGAUAUAUUUGCAUAAAUACAAAAAAUCUACCUUAAUUACUUGCAAGAGAAAUAGAAACGAUAACUUGAAUAACAAAAAAGAUACUACUUUAAUCAUUUGUAAGGAUUUAUCGUGCAUGAUUAUGAAUAUAAGAAAUGA